AAAUGAUAAUACCACCAAUGUCCACCCUCCAACAAACUCUCCUCUUCCUCUCAAACCCUAAUUUUACCACAAUUCCCAUUCUCUCCCCCUCUCUUUCUCUAAUUUUCCCAACCUACCCCAACCCCUGCUGCUGCAGCCAGCACAAGCUUUUCAUUUGCAAGUGGAUCCAAUAAAAUGUACCCACAUGAAUGAUCUGAAAAAUUUACCAUCAUCAAUUCAUGUAAUUUUAUUAUUUUAUGUUCCAAACUGUGGGGUUGAGAAUCAAUCGGUUGGGAGCCCGGUUGUGGCUAGGAUGUCGAAUUUAUACGGAGAUUAUAACCAGAAGAUUGAUUAUGUGUUCAAAGUGGUGUUGAUUGGAGAUUCGGCGGUGGGGAAAACACAGCUGCUCGCGCGAUUUGCUAGAAAUGAAUUCAGUGUGGACUCGAAAGCCACGAUAGGGGUCGAAUUUCAAACGAAAACACUUGUUCUCGAUCAGAAAACCGUCAAGGCGCAGAUUUGGGACACGGCUGGCCAAGAAAGGUACAGAGCAGUCACGAGCGCAUAUUACCGAGGUGCAGUAGGAGCAAUGUUGGUUUAUGACAUGACCAAGCGUCAAUCGUUUGAUCACAUGGCUAGGUGGUUGGAGGAAUUGAGGGGGCAUGCCGAUAAGAACAUCGUUAUAAUGCUCAUCGGCAACAAAUGUGACUUGGGGAGUCUUCGAGCAGUGCCAACUGAGGAUGCACAGGAGUUUGCUCAAAGAGAAAACCUAUUUUUUAUGGAAACAUCCGCUCUUGAAGCCACCAACGUUGAAACUGCGUUUUUGAUGAUCCUAAGGGAGAUAUACCGGAUAAUGAGCAAGAAGACACUUGCUGCCAGUGACCUAGAUGGCGGAGAAUCAGGUCUCCUAAAAGGAACAGCAAUUAUUGUUCCCGGUCCAGAUGGGGAUGGUUCUAGGAAGGGUGGGUGCUGCUUCUCCUCCACUUAAUUUUUUUGAACUUCAUUUUCUCUUUUCAAUUUAUCGUGAGGGAAAUAUGUUUCGUUUGGGCUCCUCCAUCCAUUUCAUCAAAGCUUAUACUUUGUCGGAAAGGAGAUUGUAGGUAAUGUAUGGCAGUGUUUGAUUGUAUUGAACAGGUGAGGAACCUACAAGCCUAAUUUCCAGAAAACAGCCUCCAAUUGUCUCUGGAAUUGGAAAUCUGUUUCUUCUAUUUAGAAUUAAUAUAGGAACUUUUGUACAAAAUUUCUCAGAAUUAAAGUUUGGUUUGGAUUUGGUCGCUUUCAA